CUCGACGAGACAAGCGUAUCCGCCUGCAAGCACCAUGACCGACGCUGCCUGGGACUCGCUGUCGUAUCUGCCGGGCUUCGGCAACGAUUUCUGCUCGGAGGCGCUGCCCGACGCGCUGCCCAAGGGCCAGAACAAUCCGCAAAAGUGUGCGUAUGGACUGUACGCCGAGCAGCUCUCGGGCACGGCGUUCACUCUGCCGCGCCACAAGAACCAGCGCAGCUGGCUGUACCGUAUCCUUCCGCCAGUAGUGCACGAGAAGUACAAGGAGGUGGACCACCCGUUCGUCAAGGCGGACUUUGCCAAGGAGAAGCUCACGCCGCAGCAGAUGCGGUGGAGGCCCAUGCCAUUCCCAGCCGACUCGGAGAAAGUGGAUUUCAUCGACGGGUUACGCACGAUCGGUGGAGCGGGAGACCCGACGAUGAAGGCGGGCUUAGCCAUCCACAUGUACGCCGCCAACACGUCGAUGAAGGACACGUGCUUCUACAACUCGGACGGCGACUUUCUGAUCGUCCCUCAGACUGGUGACCUGAAGAUCACGACGGAGUUUGGUCGUCUCAAGGUGUCGCCGCACGAGAUCUGCGUCAUCCAGCGCGGCAUUCGCUUCUCGGUUGACCUGGACGGACCUUCUCGCGGCUACAUUCUGGAGGUGUACAACCGCCACUUCGUCCUGCCUGAUCUUGGACCAAUCGGAGCCAACGGACUCGCCAACCCGCGCGAUUUUGAGCACCCGAGCGCUUUCUACGAAGAUCGCGAUGUCGAAUACUUGGUCGUGAACAAGUUUGGUGGCCAAGUGUUUUCAGCUCGCAUGGCCUUCUCACCGUUCAAUGUCGUCGCGUGGCACGGUAACUACGUGCCGUACAAGUACAACCUCGACAAGUUCUGCACCAUGAACUCCGUCAACUACGACCACCCGGACCCCUCUAUCUACUGCGUACUGACGUGCCAAACGGAGGAGGCAGGCAACGCUGUCGCAGACUUCGUCAUCUUCCCGCCCCGUUGGAUGGUCCAAGAGCACACGUUCCGUCCCCCGUACUUCCACCGUAACUGCAUGAGCGAGUACAUGGGAAUGGUCUACGGCACCUACGACGCUAAGAAGGGCGGUGAGGACGGCUUCGCCCCUGGAGGCGCUUCCCUCCACAGCGUCGACACGCCACACGGACCUGAUGCUGAAACGUUCCUUGCGGCUUCGAACGCGGAGCUCAAGCCGCACAAGUUCGACGGCGGGCUGGCGUUCAUGUUCGAGUCGACGUACCUGGUCAAGCUCACGGACUAUGCGCUGAAGUGCGAGCACAACGACGAAAACUACUGGAAGUGCUGGCAACAAAUGCCCAAGCUGUUCAACCCCAAGCAGGCGUAAGGAAGUGGGGUGAACGAAACUUAACUGU